AUGGGGCAAAGAAAUGUCCAGAAAGGGACCCUGAACUUCCAGCCAUCUUUGACAAAAACUGGGCAUUCUCUGAAAACACUCUCCAUCCAGAUCCCUCUCCCAUAUCUUAAGACCUUCCAGGAUCUCUUGCAUGCUACCCACUCCAUAGCCACUCUGCCUGAGUACCUAUCCUACUUAGCUGUGGGGGUGUCCCUGGAGGAGUGUACUGUUUCAGACAUGUGUGGCCUCAGAUUCAUCACAAUACAAGUUGGGCUGCUUUUUUGCUACCUCCUGCUGCACCCUGUGGAUGCCAUUUCAUAUGGAAACCAGACAAAUAUUCUGAUGCACCUUCCCUCAUCCUUGAGGUCCUGGCCACCUUCCUCAGACCCUUUGUUCUGCCAGACCCUGCUCCCAAAGUCCCUGCCUGGCUUCACCGACGUGGCCCCUCUACUCAAGUUCUUGGUAGGCUUGCCACUGCUGAUCACCCUGGAGAAAGCUGGCUGCCAGGCUGAUACCUGGGCCCUGCAACUUCAGUUGUAUCAUCAGGGGGGUGUGAAAGCUACACAGAUCCUCAUCCGGCAUCUUCAAGGGCUCCAGAAAAGCAGAAGCACAGGGAGGGCAGUUUCAGUGGAUGCCCUGGCCUCUGCUCUACAGCUGUUGACCAGGGAGCAGCGGGGCCCACAAAGAGCCCAACGAUCCCUACCCAUCAAUGACUGUGAACAGGAGCAGGAGCAGGGUGUGCACGAUAUAGUCCAGCUGUUGCCAGGAGUGGGAACCUACUACAACCUGGGCACAGCUUUGUAUUAUGCUGCUCAGAACUGCUCAGACAAGGCCAAGGAACGAGGCCAAGAUGGGGUCAUAGAUAUGGGUUAUGACUUUCUGAUGACCAUGGUUGGGUUAUCUGGGGGACCCACAGGACUACUAAUCAGCACUGCACUUAAACCUGCAGUGAAGGCUGGGAUUCAACAGUUGAUCCAGUAUUACUAUGUGAAUGAGGCAAACACCCCUCUGCCAGAGAUCAGCGAGGAGACCUGGGGGAGGGCUUUAAAUGUGAGUGACCUGGAAGAAACAACUUCCAAGGCCCUUUGA